AUGGCUGAGGAGAUUUUCGGCAAUCCUCGCGGCCAGUCUAUGCAACAACGGACAAGGAGACGUCGUGGAAACCACUUUGCUUCCUUUACCAAGAAGUUCUCAUUAGGCAAUGACCUCAUCACUAAAGAAGGUGGCAAGAUGCUUGGUACUCUUGUCGCAGUAGCAGUCGCUCGGAUGCGAAGCCUCGAGUCUUUCACGUGGGAUAUGCCCACUGGCGUACUUAGUGCUGUAUGGGACGCCCUCUCGUCAUUAGCCGACCACGGAGAUGAUAAGCCUUGUCGCUUAGAACGAGUCGCUGUCCGUUGGCACGACAACGAUGCUGAGCCUCGUAGUGCCCCUGCCCCUAUCCCAUACCAAGAAGGCGAUGCACCUCCUCGCUUGAGUGCCUUGAAUCAUGUCGAAAAUCCAUCUUUCUCUAUAUUGCCUCCACUAAAGAGUUUAAGUGUGCUAGACAUCGAUGAGGUUCAAUAUCUCGACGAGCUGAGUGUCCUGAUUCAUCGCUCGGUGGACAAGCUACGCGAGUUGCGAAUUGGCAUUGCAAAUCUUGCUAAACACAAAGAGUUUAACUAUGUUUGGGAAGGUGAGGAUUUCCAACAAGUUGAUCGAGCCAACCCUGUCAUGUCAUGCAUCACGAUUGGUGAGAAACGUCUCGGUGGUGUUCUUGGAAUCUUGACAGGCAUGAUCUUCGAUCUGCAAUCAGUUGAAUCUCGGACCAGACAAUCAAAUCGACUGAGGCGAAGGUCUAAUGCGACCAUUGGCACCUCGCAAAUCUCAAGCAUCCUCGACGACCCAUUGUAUACACCAAUCACCAUUCCCGCCAGUGACCUGUCAAGCUCUGGGACAGCAGCAGCAAGCGCAACAGAUACACUUUUAGAGGUCGACGCUGACGACGAGACGAUCGUCAGUGUUGAGCACAUUCAGGCCAGUCCCAAAACUUCAACAUCCGACUCCGCCGCACAUGGACAUUCUAGCACUACCUUUGAGCACUCGUCAAUUACACUACCUCAUCGUCUCAAGGACUCUCCAGACAAACAAGACAAGAAUGCACUCGAGCUUGAAGAUGUGCCCUUGUCGAUUCCUGUUAUGCUGAACGCCAUCGAUUGGUCUGCCUUGACCACUCUUACCUUACUCCACUGUUACAACCACGAACUUUUGUGGAAAGCUUUACGUCGCCAAUUUGCGCCGAGUCCGUCUACCAAGCCAAGAUAUGUGACUGGAAUGAUCGACUCUAGCUCGCAACCUUCAAGCAGACAACUGGGGUCAGAAAAGACAUACAAACUGAACUUGAAACACAUUUCGACAGAUACAGUAUCGUCUUCAUUGAUCUCGUUCAUUAAGGAAACGCUUCAACCAAACAGUCUGGAAUCAGUGUUCUUCUUGCACACUUCUACAAAUCCUGCAAGUGUGUCUCUGGAUGCCAUAUUCAAUAGUGUGCUACGCAGACAUCGGACGAGUCUGAGCAAACUCCUGAUCGAAAGCAGUGAAAGAGGUAAUGAAGACCUACCAGGAGCCAGCGUCUUUUGGCGACAAUGGAUGUUCAGUCGUGAGAUCAUCAAAUUCUUGGGAAAGAUGCCAUGUCUGAGAGAGCUGGGGGCUGCGCUGGACUAUCGCGACUGGGUUGUGGACAUUGUGGCGCUUCGACCAGAAUUGGGCCUCUGUUACCUCGGCAUCAUGAAGAAGUGCUUCGAGAUACUGGAACAAAAACCUGGCUCAAGAAGAACAGACCACAGCAGAAUUGGGGUGGGUGAUGACUCCGGGAGUGAAGAUGAAGACGACGAUGAUGAGGGCUCGGUUGUCGAAGACGAGUACGACGUUGAAUAUGAUGACGAUAACGACAGUGAGGACUCAGCCUCGGAUUCGGCCGACUCCUACGAGGACAGCGAACUUGGUCAAUCCGAUAACGAAAAGGAGUUGCCGUCUUUGAGGCUGCGGGAGAUACUCUACUAUGAUGACAAGGUGUCUAUCUUCAAAGCCAGGCAUGCAAGACUUUGA